AUGCUCCAACACUUGCGAUGCAACUCCGCGAGCGGUUGGAAACUUACCGCGCUAAUGACUCAAGUCGUUUGUCAAGGUGGCUGGCGAUAUAAUGUUGAAGAGAACGGCACAGGCCACCGCACUUCAUCAAAGUACAGCUAUAAAUGUUUGCGCCCGUCGCCAUCGGACGUACAUGUGUUCUGCUUCACAACUAUCUUCUACUUGGAGGAAAUAUUCACUCCACUGAAGCACCACGUGGGUGGCGCUGGGAAUCAGCAUGAACGAAGAAGUCUAACAUCUUCGCACCAUGAAGCCAAAAAAAAAAAAGACAUAAAACAAAUAGCUGUGUUGUCUACGCUGUGCAAGCACGGUGCUUAACAGCCCAGGUAUUCAAAAAAAAAAAAAAAAAGAUCGUUCAUAUUAUUAAACGCGGAUACUGAACUUGCUAACCGAAAAAAAUUGACAUUACCACGAAGCUGAAUAAAGCACCAAAAAUUUCUUAUUCCCAUG